GAUGUAGGGUGUACCCUCUAAUUUCAGGCCCUAAAAAGGCCAUUGAUGCUUCAAUUGACUUGAAAAGUUUUGUUUUUUACGUUCUUUGACAGCUUCCUUGUGAAUCUUGUCUUGUAUGUAAUACCCUCCUAAAAUUAUUAUAGUAGUAAAAAAACUAGAUCUGAAAAUGGGGUUUUUGAGUUUUCCCCCUCUCUUUCAAGUAGUGGUUGGUCAAACCAACUCUAGGAUGGAGAUGGCUUCGGCUUCCUCAAUUUGAACACUUUUUUUUCUUCUCUCAUCAAUUCUGAAGUUGUAUAUUCUAUAUUGUUUGUUCUCUCACCCAGAUCGGAUCCUUAAGUUGAAUCGAGUAUGCUAAUUGUCAAUUGAAGCAACUCUUGGGUUUUUUGAGCUUUUGAGUUUUAAUCAAUGGUGGGUAGUUUCGGGAUGAACCCAGUUGAGACAUUUCAGUUUUGGUAGAGGGUUUCUUCGUCUUUGUGAUUUUAAGUUCAGGAGACAGUUUUUGGGAACUGGAUACGAAAUCCCCUUCUUGUCUCAGAAGUUUUUCUCUAGUUUGAUUUGACCAGUUCGGGAAACUUUGUUUUUGUUGAACUGGUUUAUUAUACAUUUUUCUUGUUGACCUGUAAAGUAGACUGAUGGUGGAGGAAGAGAAGCUUAAAGCCUCUGCUGAAGCUUUGGAAGAAGAAGAUGAGCCCCAGAAAGAGUCUGGUGGCUGUAUUGGCACGGCACUAUAUUGGUUCGAAAUUCUCGUCAGGGAAAUGCAUUGGAGUUUUGUGUUAGGGAUAGUGAUUGUUUAUGGAAUAAGUCAGGGAUUAGGUGGAGCGCUUAACCGUGUUGCGACCGAGUACUACAUGAAGGAUGUUCAGAAAGUGCAGCCAUCUGAAGCACAGGUUUAUUCAGGAAUCACCUCAAUUCCAUGGAUGGUUAAGCCUAUCUGGGGUCUUCUCACUGAUUUAGUCCCCAUUCUUGGGUACCAAAGGCGGCCUUACUUUGUUUUAGCAGGUCUUCUUGGUGUGAUCUCCUUGCUUUCAUUAGCAUUACACGAGAAGCUACAUCUUCUACUCGCAAUUUUGUUGUUAACGGCAGGAAGCGCCGGGGUAGCCGUAGCCGAUGUCACCAUAGAUGCGUGUGUAGCACAGAACAGUAGCAUUCAUCCUACUCUUGCAGCUGAUCUGCAGAGCUUGUGCGCCUUGAGUUCUUCAGUCGGAGCAUUACUUGGAUUCUCUAUUAGCGGUAUCCUUGUUCACCUAAUAGGCUCCAAGGGAGUUUACGGUCUGUUAGCAAUACCCGCCGGGCUUGUUUUAUUGGUUGGAAUUCUACUCAAUGAACCCCAUCUGCCAGAUUUCAACUACAGACAGGUAAACGAAAAGUUUGUUGGCGCUGGGAAGGCUAUGUGGGCGACGUUAAAGUGCCCGAAUGUCUGGAGGCCAUGCCUCUAUAUGUAUCUAUCUCUUGCAUUGUGCCUUGACAUUAAUGAGGGACUGUUUUAUUGGUACACAGACUCAAAAGAUGGUCCAAAUUUCUCUCAGGAAAAUGUUGGUUUCAUUUUCUCAAUUGGUUCAGUUGGGUCUCUUUUAGGAGCUUUACUGUAUCAAUAUGUUCUCAAGGAUCACCAAUUCCGAGACUUGCUAUUCUGGACACAAUUGAUAUUCAGUUUAUCUGGGAUGCUCGAUUUCUUGCUGGUUUUACGUUUAAACUUGAAAUUUGGAGUGCCAGAUUAUUUCUUCAUUGUGAUAGAUGAGAGUGUACAUCAGCUUAUCAAUAGGCUAAAAUGGAUGCCUCUUCUAGUCCUCAGCUCCAAGCUCUGCCCCAGAGGCAUUGAGGGGACAUUCUUUGCUCUGCUUAUGUCGAUCGACAAUGUCGGACUUCUCUCAGCGUCAUGGGGAGGCGGUUUCCUGCUCCAUAUCCUUAAAGUUACUCGAACCAAGUUCGAUAACCUAUGGCUAGCCAUUUUGAUAAGGAACAUCUUGAGACUUACUCCACUUUGUAUGCUGUUUUUGGUACCGAGAGGCGAUCCGAAUUCUUCAAUUCUUCUAACCGAGCUGCCCAGCGAAGAAGUCGAUCACGAGACUUGUGAAGCCGAUAACAUUGAACUGGUUUCCCUUGUCAAUGGCAUGAACAUAGACAACCAGAAAGAAGUUCUUUGAUACUGAUUCAAAAAUGGGGUGAAGCAAGAGGCUUGAGAGUAAGAAUAUCCCUUUGCAUGUUCCACUUCUGUUGCAUCAAAUUUUUGUUUAACUGUUCAAUUAUAUGAUGGGGAAUCUGUGUUAAUGCUUAAAAAGAUAAGAAUGAACUCAAAUUCUUGGAUUCUUUUCUACAUUACAAUGAAAUAUCAGCUCAUUCUUCA